UCUGGCAACACUGGCCAGAUCAACAAGCGGUCUGCUUAUGUCGAAUAGUUUGAGAAUUUAUAAAAAAUUGUAGUUUCCCCAUGAUUCACUUUGUCUAAUUUAUACAACUUAAUCAACAAUAACAAGCAGAAUAGCAGUGUAGUUCACCUUACCUUUGAUUAUUUUAGCCAUGCUUACAAUUCCGUUUUAUCUAAAGUGACAGAUGUUUCUGUGUUGAUACUCUAUAGUUUGUGUUGAAUCACUGUGUUUUUAUUCAUAAAACCAUGGAACAAUCAAGCGAAAACGUUAAUAAAUUGGAUUCGGAACCUCAAGUCACAGAUGUUGUUUCAGUGCCUUUGAGUGAAGAGCCAAGUGUAGAAAAUGUGGAAAGCCAACCAGCCAACAACUCACAAUCACUCUUCCCCGAUAGUCCUGUUUAUGAACCGGAGGAGGUUGAGUUUAUCUCCAGUACUGCAAGCGAAGAACCCAAAACCGAAGUUUCCUCAGAUUCUAAAGAUGAACAAACACAUCCAAAAAGAAAAUUAUCAGACGAAUCUAAUAGUACAAGUGCGAAAAUUCAAAAACUAGACCCAACGUUCGAUAGUCAGUCGUUAGAUGAUGAAGUGUCUGAAAUUAAUAGUGGAACUAAACGUAAGUUACAAGAUUUGGAACUGCCGUCUACCUCGCGGGUGAAGACGCCGGUGCGGUCCAGCCCCAGAAAGAUCACUAAACGGAGCAACAGUGUCGAAGCGUCGAAGCCCAAAACGCCAAAGACCCCUAAAUCAAGAUCAGCGAGUGCUGAUAUUACUUGUAAGACCCUAUUUAAGAUAUUCAAGGAAGAUGCCAAAACAUCACAAAAUGAAGAGAAAAGUCGAGAUGUUCAAGUUGUUAGUCCUGAUAGCUCGAGCUCACGGCCCAGCGUUGAGUUCGUUAGGGAAAUCCCACCGCCAAAGAAGGUUCCGGAGACAAUAGUUGAGGAACUAGAGAAUUCGGAGUUAGAUGAUUCGCAAGGAUUUCAUUUAGUCUUAUCACCGAGCCCGGAAGAAAAUGAUAAACCUGAAGUUGAUGUGAAAUACAAUAGUGACCCAGUGAUAGUUAAGGAUAGGGAGGAGAUUAUCGAACCGGGUAAUGUACAAAAGUCGCAAAGUGAUGGAUUCAAUUAUUCAGAACAGAGUAAUCUGUCUCAACCGAGACCGAAAGAUUUCAAUCUUAGCAAAAAUACCGACCAAGAGAGUACCGAUAGCGUCGGCUCGCUUAACUUAGAAAGUCCAGAUCACAUUCCAACAGUCGCCUCCAAAUUGAUAUCUAAACUUUCUAACGGUAAUUCUUCGACGCCAUCUGAGUUGAGUGAUGGAAAACUUCUUGGUGAGGAUAGUGACGUCACACCUGAUGUCAAAAUGAUUGCCAACAAAGGGAAACGAAAUAAAAAUGAGUCCUUCAGAGCUAGCAACACAACCACUCCGUCGACGAUAUCGCCGCUUCCAAACGGUCAUUCAUUGCCGAUGAAUACUCCGCAAAUUCCUAUUUUCGAUGUCCAUGUAAGCCAUAAUGAGGAAAAUGAAUUUCUCUCUCUGUACGUAGUAAGAACAGAUAACGAUCUAGGUAUGGAUAUGUGUAAGGAAUACCAAAGAAUUUCGAAAAGGUUCACUAUCGACCCGUACUUAGCAGAUGUGUCUGUCAGCAAUUCUCCUUCGAGCGUUACUAGCGGUGGGAUGAUUACGUUACCAAAUAGGACGUCUUAUACUUCAACCAUUAGUUCUACGUCAACAUCUAGUAAUAGAACUAGCGACGGCGCGUUCGUUGUACCCCAACCUCCAAGAAAAUCAGUUUCUAACCCAAGCUCAACUAUCAAAGGAUAUGAAGCACUAAUGAAAAAGCUCCAAGAUAUAUUCUCGCAUAUCCGUGACGCGUCAGACGAAAGUCGAUCGAUUAAUGAUGAAAAAAUCUCUGUAGGAAUUCAAACAUCUUUGUCGAACGACAGUGUGUUAAGUAAUGGAAACGCUAGUCCCGAAGAAGUUAGCAAAUGCGAUAAAGCAACACCAAAGAGUUCACUAAAGAAAACUCGCGUGCGUGGACGGCGACAUUUGUCUAGUAAAACUAAACGGGCGAUAUUGCCGACGCAGGCUGAAGAUCCGGAAUAUAUGCACGGGAUGAAUUCGCCAGAAAUGGUGCCGACCAACGGCGAUACUGGGAAGGAGUCGCCAGUGAAAUCGCCGAAAGACGAAAGACCAUUGUCAACUUUGGUCGCGACACCGAAAUCUGUGAGCAAAUUGAAGCAAAAGCGACGACCGACUUCCCCACGACCAGCAACUCCGGUGGAAAAGGCUGUGGUGAAGCAGGAAUAUCCAGGAUACGCCCCGGACACAGUCGUGUUGGCCAAAUGGGUAGACAAACGUUACUACUCAGGGCGAGUGUUGGAGAUCACGGAGCCAAACAAAUAUUUGAUCAAAUUCGACGACGGCCAGUCGAAAGUUCUGUUGGAUGAUUUCAUAAUAUUCGGCGACAUGAAGACGUUGCCAUUGUUGGGUCAGUCUGUGUACGCAGUGGUUGAUGAGGAACAGAACUAUGAGCCUAGUUUGGUGCUUGACCUUGAGAAGAACGAGAGCGGAACUGUUACAUACAGGUGCAUCACUGAUGGAGACAUGACGGUGCUGGUGACGGCGAGCGAGCUGUACCUGACGGAGGACCAGGCGAAGGCGCUGAAGGAGUCUGCGCGUGCGCGCUCGCCCGCCGCGCCCGCCACGCCGCGCCGCCGACACCACCGCGAGCUCGACCUCGACAACAUCAUACAGGGUCCCCGAAGCGCUCGAAGUCGAGACAAAGUGAACACGAGCGCUAGGAAACGAGUCGCGUCUCCUAAGAGCCCAAAGGCUUCAACAUCAGGCGUAACAACCAAAUCGACCAAAACCACGCCGGUGGUCGGUCGCAAGCGCGUGGCGAGUGAGAGCAGCGAAUUCAGCGAGAGCAGCAACUCCGCGCCCGGCACCAGGCUCGAGGAGGUUGCCGGAGUCGAGCCAGAGGUGCAGCGGACCCCGCGCAAGAUCGACGGGGUCAAAGCGGGCCCGCUGCAGUUAAAGGGUGCUGCGAAACAGAACAUCGGCAAGAAAAACUCGAAAUUGACCAAAUUCGAGAAUGAUGUGGAGACGGUGUUGAAGCUGGGUCCUAUUCCGGGACCUGACUGUAAGCUGUUCGCUGGCAGGCAUUUCCUGCUCACCUGCGCAGAGACGCCUAGACGGACGAGGGUUGAAAGGAAACAAGAGCCGCGGCAUUAUUCCUCUGAGGAAGAUGGUGAGGCAAUCUCGGCCGUCGGCACGGAUACCGAAGAUCUGGAGUUCUGUGACAAGCCGUUCAACAAGGAACGGCUCAAGGAACAAUUGGAGGCUGGCGGCGGGAUAGUCUACAGCCACUUCGACGACGUGCCGAAGAACAAGUACAGCGUGUGCAGGCUGAUCGCCCCGCGGCCGUGCCUGACCGCUAAGUAUAUCCAGUGCGUGGCGGCGGACAUCCCCGCCCUGUCGCACGGGUGGGUGAUCAUGUCGUGCGCUGCGGGUGUGCCGCAGGACCCCGACGCUUUCGCGCUGCCGGCAGGCUGGUCGCUGCUGAAGCAGCGUUUCGUUAACUGGGUACCAGCGUCAGGCAGGCGAAGCAUAUCAUUCUUCAAGGACAAAAUCAUUCUCCUCUGCGGGGAUCAGGACACAUUCGUCAAGUUCUGGGAGCGAGUGUGCACGCUCGCCGGCGCCACCACCAGAGUAGUAAACGAAGAAGACCUCAACAUGUCCGGAGCCUUCGCUCUAGUCACAGAAUGGGACUGUCCACACGAGGUACAGAACAAGGCUAACCAAGACAACAUCCCCCUUGUGGCCACCACAUGGGUGGUGCAGUGCCUGAUUGAAGACAAACUUCUGUCACCCACCGGUCACGUCAAAUUUUCAUUCAUGUUUACAGAUUUUGAAUGAUCUUGGGAUUUUAAAAAACACCUCAUUAUACGUGACUAUUGACACUUGAGGUAGCGAUAUGGACGCAUAGUGUAGUGAACGGAUCUCAGUGAACAACAGUGAUAUUUGCUAAGUGACAAUGUGUUUGUCGUAUAUUGUUGUAAAGACAACAGACGUGUUUUCUUGUAUCAAAGAACUAGAUUAGUUGUAAGUUAAUGUAACCAUGGUAUCUGAUUUGGUAAUUUCUAAUGUGAUAAAUUCUUCAAUGUAAGAUUUCUGUUUGUGGCAAAAUGUUUUGCUAUUUGGCUGCUAAAUAAUUGUCAGUUUCAAAUAUUCACAACUGCUCCUAUGAUGGGUAAAGGGCUAGGCUGAAAUGUUAGCCUUUCACUGGUAAGGUGUCUAAUAAGGAAAGCAUUAGGUUUGUUGGCACAAGGCCUAACAGAAGUAUUUUGAAAAUGUAAUGGACUGAUGUAUUUUAUGGGCUAGACUUAAAGUAGGGUUAAGGCUUGGUUUCAAAACUUUGGAUGUAUUCAAAGUCAUAAUGAUAAUGUAUGAUGAAAUAUUACAAAACGAGUUGUUUUCUUAUAGUGAGUAAUUCGGAUUUGUAAUGAAAAGAAAACUUGUCAGUCAAGCAACAUGUUAACUGACGAAUUUUAUUUCAAUUUUGAUAGCAAACUAUUUAAAUAAAUGACUUGUCCUUUGGGUUAUUCCUAAAAUACUAAUUUAGGAAUUCUCAUCAAAAACCUAGUUGAUAAAUUUAUUAGUUUUCGCGUAAGUAAUGUACGGUGAGUGGGCCCUUUACCCUAAAUACAAUAUAAAAGACUAUGAACCAGAUGUCUAGAUAGCUAAGUGUAUAUGCAUUCAUAUAAAUUCAAUUGAUAAUUCUUGUAUAUUGUGGUAUUGAGUGUAUAGAAUGUAAGGUUUGAACAAAUCGAUUAAACUUUAGUUUUGUGUAGUGACGAGUUUAUAUCGAUAUCGAUAAUUGUCACCUUCGGCAAUCGAGUGUUCAAAUUCACGUAAUGAAAAAUUAUGUUCUGGUUAUUAUUUUUGGCCUAAAUUGAUAAUAGUAAUCAUUUUCGGUGAUUGGUUACAAAUUGAAUAUAAUUGACGUAAUCUAGGGGGUCUAUGUAAACUGGGGCUAGAUAAUUUGAUAGCAGGUUUUGCAUGCCAUGUAUGGUAGUAAUUUCUUUUAUAAGGGAAUUAAUGCUUUCAUGCUAACUAGUGUCAAUGGAUGUUAGGCUAAUUGACUUAAAGAUCAAUUGAUGUAAAAUUCAACACAUUCACAUGUUCCCUCUGAAUAAACAUACAUCAAUUGUCACGCCACCACAUUGAUCACGCCAUCAACAGUGAAUACAUAUAUCGAGAUGAUUUGUUUGUAUCUAUGUAUCUUUCAGUUCAAGUAAAUAUGCUAUAAAACAAGAUGGGUAUAAAAAUAAAUAUGGUCUAAAAGUAUGCAAAAUCUUGCAUCAGUUUACAUAGAACCCUUAAAAAUAGACAUGUAAGUAAAAUACUAAAUCCUGCAUUUAAUACCAGAACGAGAUAAAAAACUGUAUGGGCGUGUUAUUAUUAAUUACUGGACUGAUUGAUAAGGUUUUUCCUAUGAUCUGCAUUUUAUGAAAGAUUUUGUGUAUAAAACCUAAAGAUGAGUGUAAAGUAAGUUGAUAAGGAACAUAAUCCUUUAGCCGCCGUCAGAUAAACUGACAGAAGGCAUAGAUGAAUGGGUGUUCCAAAUGACACCGAAAAAUAUAAAAUACAGUAGAAACCGGUUAUAACGACUACAGAGUAAGGUAUCUUUAAAUAUAUACAUAUAAAAAGCGUAUCGUUUAUAACGAUUAUCGGAUAUAGCGUACAGAUUGGGUGGUCCCCUCGAUGUCGCUAUAACCGGUUUACACUGUAAUUACUUUCGGUUGUAUUAAUCUACAUGAUCCAAUCCACAGAAGUACAACUGAAAGUAUUUUUUCCUAUUUAAUCUAUAUCGCGAUUCGAUUGAUUCAAAUCACUGGGUCUAAAUAAAAUCGAUUCGUUAGUUAUUUAUAUUUGUCAAUAUAAAUAAAAUAAGCCGAAAGUCGUUAAAGUAUUUUCCUGCGUUUUGGAUUUGAUUUCAUCAAAGCCAUGACUCAAAUUAUAAUUAUGUUUAAUUAUUUGUGUAAUCAAGAAAUAAUUUAUCUAUAUGUCGCAUAUAACAUGCGUUGGUAGCUGACUACGACAGCUACAUAAUUUAGCCUUAAGACCAAAUUUAAUAUAGCGACAUCUCGCGAUAACCACUUGAACUACUUUUGCGCCAAGACACUGACAAUUAAAAUUGUUUACACGUCGAGGGUGACUGUUUUAUUUGAAUUUAUUUCGUGCUUGUUUUUCUCUAAUCAUGUCUUUUUACCAGUAUUUUUGUAUUUAUCGGACGGAACUAAAUGUUACAAAUUAGGAUAAGCUUUAAGUAGUUGACUUCUAUUCGGCAAUCUUCUGUGAUCUCUAGAUGUCCAGCUAUAGAUUCUGUCUAGAUUAGAUCUGAAAUGUAUACGUAAAGGCCCUAUUACACGGACUAAUUGCAUGCAGACGCAGUUCACAGUCGGAUUCAUAUAAAAUUUACUACAAAGUUCUUCGUAUGAAAGCGAGGUAGCAGAUGUUUGAUUUUUGUUGAAGACUAUCAUUCAUCGUAAAUUUUUGCUUUUCCGCAAUUGAAAUUACCCAUUGUAAUUAUGCUGUUUUCUAAAGAAUACGGAUGCAGGGCAUUGCUAUGCGUCCCAUUGUAAUAAGACCUAAACCAUAUUGCUAUUACAUAUUGGCAGGUGCGCAAAUCAUCAAGCGUUUUGCGUCUCGUCAUUUAAAUCGACUGCACAUAACUGCAGUAAGUGUAGCGACUGCGGUUCUGCAAUUCGUCUGUUUGUCGCCUUAUAGAUCGCUGCAUUGGUAGCGUCAUAUUGUAGUUAUUAAUAUAUUUUCCACUAAAACCAAGCUAAGUUAUGUAAAUCGAGCUAUUUCUGUUCGACACAUUCAACUUGGCAAAGUAACGUGUGUUGCAAAGGCAGCUUAACAGCCAAAUUUAAUAAAAGAUCUUGAUCGAUGCUGAAAUAAACCAAUGGAAAUAAGUAAUAUAUAAGUAUAUAACCAUCAGUUUGUUUUUAUUGGGAUAUUUCUCAGAUCAAGAUUUGGGUAGUUAAUGAUUUCGGCCGUAAAUUGGCAAAAUUGAGCAGCUGUUAAUAUGCCCGUUUAAUUUAGAGUUUUGUUGCAUUAUAUUUUCUAUUUGUACAAUAAUCUGUAAUAGUGUAAUGUGUUUUGUGGCGCAUCAACUCGUUUCAAGCUGGAUUUUUGGUAAGCAUUUCGGUGACAAUUAGAUUAGCGAUUUUCAAAUGCAUUUAUGUACUUUAGUUUGUGUUGCUUCUUAUGGUUGUUUUUAUUUUGUUGAUUCAUUAUGUAACUUCAUUGUUAAGAAGUCGAAAAUGUAUGUGUAAGCUAAAUAAAACUAUAGAAAAA